GUUCAAGUUAUAGUCCAUUGUUUGAAAUUCAUUCCUGUUGAAGAGUGGCCUGUAAGUCACUUCAAAAGAGUUUCGCAAGCUACUCAAACUGAUUUUUGUUAAACCUAUCAAAUCAUUCAAAUCAUAAUGAAACUUUUCUGUGUUUUGAUGUCAUUGGCCUUUAUGCAUGUUAUGGCAGAUAUUAGUAAAGCGUAUUAUGCAGAAGUGGUUGUCAACACAAAUAAUAUCAUCCAAAAAGCUUCUAGUGUUACUAAUGUAGUAAGAGGAAAUGUAUUGGAGUAUGUGAUUUUAGUAGCUGUGCGUUCAACAAAUCUUAACAUAGAGACUCUGAAUAAUAUGUUCACUUUACCGGAACUUGAGCACUUUGAGAGUUAUACACAGAAAUUCAUAAAUGACCAGAUAGCUAUACAUACCGUAUUAGCUAAUUUAUUACGUGAAUUAUCUGUUCUUCUACCUGAAACUUCAAAUGGAGAUUUUGAAAACAUGGAUUUAAAAACGCUUAGGAAAAAUAGAAGGGGUUAUACUAGAAAAGCUUUAACAAACAUAAUCAUCCGUUUACAGAUUGGAAAAGAACCAGAUAUCACUCAUGGCGAGGCGUGUUGUCUUAUAGGAUUGGUAAUCAGCACGAAAUUUCCAAAUUCGCCAACAACAAUUACUAAUGACGAAAAGGAACAUACUUGUAGCUUAACGAAUACAGCCGGUAUAGUUACCAUGUACAGAUCCUUUGGUGGUAUGUUUUAUAAAGUGAAGGCCGAUAGUAUUACAGUUCCAGGAGAACCACUUAUAUCACAGCUAUGAUCAUUUAGACCAAAAAUCAUAGCUAAAACUCUUCUGAAGUUAUGUAGUACUAUUUGUAUGAUAUUUAAAUCAUUUUUGCAUCAAUGUAUUACAUAAUAAACAGUUUAA